CUUUACAUAAUGUCUUCCCGAGCAGAUUCAGUAGCAUCUACCGGAUCUUCUUCAUCCUCAUUGUCCUACGCAUCAUCCACUUCCUCCGAUGGCGUGUAUCGCCCAUACAACUUGGUGGAUCCUGGUUGCCCGUUUGCUAACGCUUGCCUGGAGAUCGACCAGUUUUUUCAUGUGUUCACUCGCACGCCAACGACUGCAGAGCUGGCUGCCAUCUCCAAUAGAGCAUUCGAAAUUGCUACCCGUAUACGCCGUGAUAUGCUGGCCCGACGUCCAAACGUAAGCGCCAUGGAUAAUCUUCCGGAUGCCUGGGUGCAUGCUAUCCAUCUGGCUAAUAUGAUUUUGGGAGACAUUCAGUUUUUCCAUGACGCCCGUCUUAUUUCUUUGGUUGGUCCGUAUGGCCCUUGCGCCGCCUACAAUUCAGUCUACCAGUUUGGCGUGACCGGCACCGUGCCGUACAUUGGUGAGAAUACCUUACCCACCUUGCAGCUUUACGCACCGCCAAAUCCACCACCACCACAACCACCUACUGGCUUCUACACUCCAGCCAACGACUAUCCUCCAGACAACACCCGCCACAUCUACACUCCAAUCAACGACGGCUUCGUCUAUACUGCCGCUUACGAGAACGUCUACUCUCCGUUGCCUGACGACCACGAGCAAGAGCUAGCAUUUUCCUGCCACAACGUUCUCGCACACCGGAACCGACCCAGAUGGUGGAGUACAGUCCCGCUUCUCCUGACAUGUCAACUUUGA